UCCGGUCCCAUACCAAAGAAGAAGAAAAGAAGCGGAAGCGUUCCUCGUUGCUAUGUCGUAUUGACGUUUUUCUACACUUUCACACAUUAAAGAUGAAUAAAUUUAAUAAAUCCGCGGAGUUUGACUCGUAUGAGAUCGAGGAACCGAGCGACGAGGAGAAAGCGGAGAGCAGCUCGGAGGAUGAGCUUGACGUGCUGCUGAACGGGACUCCAGAGCAGAAGAAGAAGUUGAUCAGAGAGUACCUGACGGGGGAGAGCGAGUCGUCCAGUGGAGAUGAGUUUGAGAAGGAGAUGGAGGCGGAGCUUAGCUCCACCAUCAAGACCAUGGAGGGAACCUGGGGACCAUCAACAGCAGAAAACUCAGGCGGUCAAAGAGGAGGAGGUGGAGGAGGUCCUGGACUUCGCAGCCCUCGGAUGUACGAUGAGGUCUACUUUGACUCUGACUCAGAGGAAGAGGACACACCGAGCAGCUCCACAGGCCGGAGGCGGAGACAACGGAUGGUCCAGACAAAUGACGAGCUGCUGUAUGACCCCGAUGAGGAUGACAGGGACCAGGCCUGGGUGGAUGCCAAGAGGAGAGGGUACAACAGUAAACGACCAGGUGCUCCAUCUCAGCCUCGUCCUCAGGGUUUACCCAGCAGCGACGCCAUUCUCAACUGUCCCGCCUGCAUGACCACGCUCUGCCUGGACUGUCAGAGGCAUGAGAAGUACCGCACACAGUACCGGGCCAUGUUUGUCAUGAACUGCACAGUAAAGAGAGACGAGGCGCUUCGCUACAAAACCAAGCCGGACAGGAAGCAGAGGAACAGGAAGAGGAGGCGGGGACAGAAAACAGAAACUCAACCAGACGAGGAACCUGACCCAACGCCGGCAGGGAUGGAGAGUGACGAGAUUUAUCACCCGGUUCAGUGCUCAGAGUGCUCCACGGAGGUCGCCGUGUACGAUAAAGACGAGGUUUACCACUUCUUCAACAUCCUGGCCAGCCACUGCUGACACUCACCAACACAGACGUGUUUUUGUAUCAUGGAUCUGUUCCUGAUUUUCCAGCACUCAGCGUCUUUCUGAGAAGGCAGAAUCCAGCUGCUCCAUCAGGAACAAUCAGCUCACAAACUUUUACAAUAGACCAGUAACAGCUGGUUAUUCUGUGAUGCUGAUGAGGAGAAAAGGCCUCUGAAUGCACUGAAUUUGCAGCAUCAUGCCAUCUCUCCACAGUGUCUCUCUAAAUCUGCUUGUUUAAGCUCAGAUGAUCAUCACUGCUGUUUUUAGACUGCAGACAUUUGAGCUUGUUCUCAUACGAAUGUUUAAUUUGAGAUUUAUUAAAGCUGGAUGUGGAAACACUGGUUGACUCACAUUUUACUGGUCCAGGGUUUUUUUGCCUUUUCAUUCCAGCUUGAAAAUUAACAGCACCUAGAGUGAAUUCAGUAAUGGAUGAUUUAGAUUUUUUUUUAUUCCCUUGUCUACAAAAUCCUGUAUUUGCCAAGCAGGAGUUUCUAAUUCACUCCAAUGUAAAUUGUAAGCAGAUAUUGUUCAUUUUCAUGAAUGCAUUCCUUGCAAGGAGGACAACUUUUAUGGGAAAACUUUCUGGAAAGUGUAGGCAUAUCACCGAAUCUUCACCAGACAUCACAACUCAAACAAAGACAGUGUUAUACGAUAAGUAAUAUCUGGCUAUAGAUUUCCCCGUGAAACAAUCCUCAAACUUUAAAUUAUGAGUUUUAAGGUCUGAAUUUCUGUUCUGAACUGCAUUUAAAUGUCUUCAUUGGCUAAAAUUAUAUUGUAAUUAUCAGCAUAUCAGAAAUCCACUAAAUCCAAUAACAUGUAUCCCUAAUAUUAAAAGUUAUUGGGCUUUUAAUUUUUAUUUUUUCACAAGAUGUGAAGUAAGUGAUAUUUCAAAUAAACACAUCUUUUGAAAGACA